AUGUGUGCGACGACACCAAGGUCGCUUCACUGCCUCACUCGAAUCCCGCUGGAUCAGGCAGUUGGGCUCUUGGUCAACAAGGCGGCGCCCGCACCAAGCGUUAAUAUCCCGAGCUACGAGUGGUGGAACGAGGCGCUGCACGGUGUGGCGCUAUCACCUGGAGUGACGUUCAAGGGAUCCAUCACUGCAGCCACCAGCUUCCCACAGGUGCUGAGCACCGCGGCGUCGUUCAACCGCUCGUUGUUCUACCAGAUCGCAGAUGUAAUCUCCACUGAAGCUCGAGCGUUUCACAAUGCGAAGGAUGCGGGACUGACGUUCUGGACACCUAAUGUCAACAUCUUCCGUGACCCGAGAUGGGGGCGGGGGCAGGAGACACCAGGAGAAGACCCGUACCUCACUGGGGAGUACGCAGUGGCCUUUGUGAGAGGCCUACAAGGCGAAGGAAUGGAAGGAAGAGAAGUCGAGAACAGCAAGUUCUUGAAGAUAUCAAGCUGCUGUAAACACUUUUCAGCGUACUCGCAGGAGGUGCCGAGACACCGCAACAACGCGAUGGUCACCAAGCAAGAUCAAGCUGACACCUACUUCCCGGCAUUCGAAGACUGUGUGAAGCGAGGCCAUGUGAGCUCCAUCAUGUGCAGCUACAAUGCUGUAAAUGGUAUACCGUCUUGUGCUGACAAAGGCCUGCUGACUGACCUGGUGCGUGGUCAGUGGAAGUUUGACGGAUACAUCGCUUCGGAUUGCGAGGCUGUAGCUGACGUGAUCGAUCACCAUCACUACACCCAAUCACCUGAACAAACGUGUGCAACAACACUUGACGCUGGUAUGGAUCUAAACUGCGGCGAGUUUCUGAGGCAACAUCUUCCUAAGGCUCUUGAGCAAGGCAUCGUUACUACCGAGAUGAUACACAAUGCCCUGAAGAAUCAGUUUCGUGUGCUGAUGAGACUCGGGAUGUUUGAAAAGGUGGAGCCGUUUGCAAACAUCACGAAAGACUCAGUAGACACAACAAUGCAUCGGCAACUCGCACUGGAAGCUGCUCGUCAAUCCAUUGUAUUGCUCAAGAAUGACGGUAACACUCUGCCUCUGGCCACCAAGGACUUCACUAGAGACAGAUCACUUGCGUUGAUCGGACCACACUUUAACGCCAGUGCCGCUCUUCUUGGAAACUACUUUGGUAUCCCAUCGCACAUUGUCACGCCGCUGGAGGGAAUCUCGCAAUUUGUACCGAAUGUUGCACAUUCGUUGGGGUGCAAAGUUUCCGGUGAAGUGCUUCCAGACUUCGAUGACGCUAUUGCAGUGGCCAAGAAGGCGGAUCGCCUGAUCGUGUUCGUGGGUCUUGAUCAGAGCCAAGAGAGAGAAGAGAUCGACCGCUACCACAUCGGUCUGCCGGCUUUCCAGAGUACACUAUUGAAGCGCGUGCUGGAAGUUGCUUCACACCCGAUCGUCUUCGUUGUCAUCUCUGGCGGUUGUGUUGACCUGUCGGCUUACAAGAAUCAUCCAAAGGUUGGAGCGAUUGUUUUUGGCGGGUAUCUGGGACAAGCUGGCGGUCAGGCUCUGGCUGACGUGCUGUUUGGUAAAUACAACCCGUCUGGAAAGCUUCCGCAGACAUUUUACGACUCCGAAUAUGUAAAUGCAAUGUCGAUCUACGACAUGCACAUGCGACCGACGCCCGUGACGGGAAAUUCAGGAAGAACGUAUCGUUUUUUCACUGGAGUGCCAGUCUAUGAGUUUGGGUUUGGUCUGUCUUACACCACGUUCCACAAGAACUGCCACGCCUGUGUGGCGACAUUUAACAUUACGGUAACGAAUGCAGGUGCCAUUUCGGGGGAAGAUGUCAUCUUGACAUACGUUGAACCUCCUCUCGCAGGAGAAGGUGGACGUCCGUUGAAGUCACUGGUUGCAUUUGAGCGUACGCCGCUGAUUGCUGCAGGACAGAGAGCUACUGCGAAGAUUUGUCUGGAGGCGAAAGCGUUUGCUCUCGCCAACGAAGCUGGCAACUGGGUCGUCGAACCUGGUAACUGGACCAUUCAUGUGGACACUCUGCAGCACAAGGUGGACAUUCAGGGCCCUAUCCAGAGUGAGCCAGGCGUAGAAGUUACGCGCAAGCCACUACCUCGUGCUGUGUGGGAAUAA